CACUUGUUGGAAGUGUCGUUGAGUGUUUGCUUUCUCUUUUCUUCUCGCGCUCCUGUUUUGCGACAGUGAUGUCUGAAACCGCUCCCGCCGCUUCGGCGACCGCUUCGGCGGCCGCGUCUGCGCCUGUGGCAGCGCCGAAAGCGCCGGCGAAGAAGGCGAAGAAAGCCCCCGCGAAGCCUCGCAAGGCGUCCGGCCCCAGCGUGACGGAGCUGCUCACCAAGGCCGUGGCGGCCUCCAAGGAACGCAAAGGCGUCUCCCUGGCGGCGCUGAAGAAGGCCUUGGCGGCAGGAGGGUACGAUGUGGAGAAGAACAACAGCCGCAUCAAGCUGGGCCUCAAGAGCCUGGUCAACAAAGGCACGCUGGUGCACACCAAAGGCAUCGGCGCCUCGGGGUCCUUCAAGAUCGGGAAGAAGGCCGAGGGCAGCGGGAAAGAGAAGGCGGCGGCGCCCAAGAGGAAGGCCCCCGCUAAGGCAGGGAGGAAGCCCGCCGCCAAGGCCAAGAAGCCCGCUGCCGCCGCUAAGAAGCCCAAGAAAGCCGCUUCCUCAGCCUCCGCGGCGAAGAAGAGCCCCAAGAAGCCCAAAAAGCCCGCGGCUAAGAAGUCCGCCGCUGCCAAGAGCCCCAAGAAAGCCAAGCCCGUCAAGCCCAAGAAGGUGGCCAAGAGCCCCGCCAAGGCUCGGCCCGGGAAGCCCAAAUCGGCCAAGCCCAAGGCGGCGGGGAAGGCCAAGGCGGCCGGGAAAGGUGGCAAGCGGGCGGCGCCCAAGAGGAAGUAGGCCUUCUUUCCUCUGCCGCUUCCUCUUCCACCUCCUUGAAGAAAACCCAAAGGCUCUUUUAAGA